AUGUCAGAUAAUAAAAAUUUGGCUACAUCGCCACCUGCAACGGGCGAAAACCCUGAACAGAAAAAGAGCUUUAUGCAAAGGUAUGGUGGCUCCAUUGUGCAAAUGAUCUUUUUUUGGCUUGUCAUGAAGACUGUUACAGGAGGGUUUAAUAAACCUUCAACUGAGAUUGGCAACAACAAUGCACCUGCCUCUGAGAAUGGAGAACCUGUCAUUGCCAAACCAACCUUUGUGCCUGGCUCAGUAACACUUCGCGAUUAUACUCAUGGCGUUCCAAACAAUGUAUUCUAUUAUCCUCAUCCCGAGAUCCCUCUUACCGAUUUGCCAGAGACUUUUGUACCUCUUUGGCAAUUAGGCACACCUUUAGAGGUCUCUGUAUUUGUCAGCGAGGACGAGUAUUUCAACAAUUAUGAAGCAACCCCUGACUUCACCACCUCUGAUAUUCAUUAUGGCCAACAGUUUGAAGCAAGAGAACACCGUAUUGAUAUUCCUACCACAAAGAGUAUGCAACAUAACGGAACUGUCUAUGCUCAUGUAUUUAUCACUCAAAAUGGCAUGCCCAUCAACCCAAAUGACGAAUCCUUCAAUCCUGAUUCCACAGUCUACUACAGACAUGUUUUGACCAAAUUUUAUCCUGCCAAGACCAUUGUCAAGCAAAAGAAUCUUUUAAAGAAGGAAUCCGAAGAGGAGGAAGAGGCAGAGGAGCAAGAAAAGGCAGAGGAGACUGCAGCCAUCGAGAAUGAGAAGGAGGAUAAGCAAGCUGACCAAGAAGCUACUCCUGUAGCAGGUAUUGUUGGCCUUGGUGCUGGUCUUUUGGGAAACUUGACUCGUCGUGCUCCCUUGGUUGCUUACUGGCAGCAAAAUGUCACAUUUGCUCUGCUCAGUGACAAGAAGAAUGUGCUUCCAAAGAGUGGCUUGCAACCUCCAGUUCUCAAAUACGUACAAUUCGAUCAUGGACUCGCUCGCAGCCCUUCAGGAAAACAAGGCUUUUACAGACCCAUCUUGUUUCCCAAUGAUUUUUGGGCUUUGCAGCAGAACGCAUUUGCAGUCAACGAAACAGUCGAUACAUUACCAUUGAACAUUCGUAUUGAACCCAUCUCCAUGUGGAAGUUCAACAUUUUUGCCUCGCUCGACGAUUCCAUGAAGCAACAAGCCAACAGUCCUUUGGGUGGCAUGAGUUCAGGCGACAUGGAUGAGAUCAAGCGCAUGUUUUUGGAAACCAAUCCAGUGCUUUUGGGCACUACCAUUGCUGUCAGCUGUCUUCACUCUUUGUUUGAGAUGCUCGCUUUCAAGAAUGAUAUUGCUUUUUGGAAGAAGAAGCAAAAUAGUGCUGGUAUCUCUGUGCGUACAUUGAUUGUCAACAUCUUUUUCCAAAUCGUCAUCUUCUUGUAUUUGCUGGAUAACAACCAAGAGACUUCAUGGAUGGUCUUGAUCAGUCAGGGCUUUGGUCUGGUGAUUGAACUAUGGAAAGUAUUCAAAGCACUCAAAUACGAGCUUGUGUGGACGCCUGGAUCUCUUUUGCCCUCAUUGGGACACCAAGAGGCAGAUCAAACUGAAGAGGAAGACGACACAGCCAAGUAUGAUGCUAUUGCAUUCAAGUACCUCAAGUGGCUCUCCUAUCCCUUAUUGGCAGGCUACGCCAUUUACUCUUUGUAUUAUGAUGAGCACAAGAGUUGGUAUUCUUAUGUUCUCAAGACAUUGGUGGAGUUUGUCUACAUGUUUGGCUUCAUUACCAUGUUGCCCCAAUUGUACAUUAAUUACAGACUCAAGAGUGUUGCUCACAUGCCCUGGAAGACCUUGAUGUACAAGUCGUUGAACACGUUCAUUGAUGAUUUGUUUGCCUUUGUCAUCAAAAUGCCCACUUUGCACCGUCUUGCUUGUCUCCGUGAUGAUUUCGUCUUUUUUGUGUAUCUCUAUCAAAGACAUGCCUACAAGGUGGAUCAUACUCGCGCCAAUGAAUAUGGACAAGUUGGUGAAGAAGCGACCGAAGAGGACAAAAAGAACAAGGAGACCAAGAAGGAUAAAUAA